UAAUCCGUCGAAGUCACCGACGGGAGCCGUUUCUCGCUUCCUUCGAUUGUAAUUAAUUAGGAAAAGUGCAGCGUUAAUUGGCGUCCCACUUAAAAAAGAAAAAAAGCUCAAUCGUUAACGGAUCGAAUCUGAUGCGUUGUCGAUCGGUCAGUCUCCGACCAUUGAUCAUCAUCACCAAAAGUUCAGAUCGCCUAUAAGCAGCUCAUAGAGCAUAGAAAUGGAGGGAACAGUGUUCACUCCCGCAUUGGAAGGAAUACAGCAUGUGAAGCUCGAGGAAGGGGACAUGCUAACCACUCCUUUCUUGGAAGUCUGCAAGCACAUACUGCCUAUAAUAGAUAAGUUUGGAGCUUCUAUGACCCUUGUUAAAUCUGAUAUUGGAGGAAACAUAUCGAGAUUGGAAUCUAAACAUUCUUCAAAUCCAUCCGACUUCAACCACUUGUAUAACAUGGUGAGAGCAGAGGUUGAAGCUAAAACAGCAAAAGAAUCAUCCAGUUGCACCAACGGACUUCUUUGGUUGACAAGAGCAAUGGAUUUCUUGGUGGCUUUGUUUCACAACUUACUUGAGCACAAGGAUUGGACAAUGUCACAGGCCUGUACAGAUGCCUAUGGAAAGACCCUGAAGAAAUGGCAUGGCUGGCUUGCUAGUACAAGUUUCACUGUUGCAAUGAAACUUGCUCCAGAUAGAAAGAAGUUCAUGGAGGUGCUAGGGGGCAGUGGUGAUAUUUAUGCUGACAUAGAGAAAUUCUGCACAAGUUUUUCCCCUUUUCUUGAAGAGAAUCACAAGUUUCUGGCUAGUGUUGGCUUGGACGAUCUGAAGGCUUCAUGAGGAAAAUGUCUCUGGAUGAGUGGCUCUUGCUUCUGGCUACCCUGUCUUGUUUACCAUCCUUUUCUUUUAGUUUUGAGUAUUGGAUAAUUUGUCUUGGGUUCUACUUAUCAAAAAAAUUUGUCUUAGGUUCUAAAGUUUAAGACUUUAUAAAUUCCAAGUUUUUUUAAAAUUGGGGUAGGCGGGGCAAGUAAUAACUAAUAAGUUACUUCAAACCAUACGCAAAUUACUCCUUUGAAUCUUGUAUUGUUUUAACAUUAAUUUGUCUUUUAACGAUUCUCUAGAAAUUCAAUAUGUACUUGAAUAUUUA